AAAAUUUUGUUUUUUUUUUCUCCAAAAAAAAUUUUGCUUUUUUUGUUUUUGUUUUUCUUGAAUUAAGGAUUCAUGUCUUCAGCUCCAUGGCUCACGGCGCCACGGCCUUUGCUACGCAAUUCAGCUUCUCCUUAUCUCCUUCUUCUUCCUCGUAACCAGAAACCUGGCAUUCCCGGCGCAGUGGACGCUCGUCGGAAGAAGAUAUUGUAUGGGAAUCAUCUGCUGCGGCUUCACUGCUCUUCUGACAGUGAUAACAAUGCUAAUGAACCGCCAGAAUCUCAGCAUAGCUUGCAAGACCAGCAAGGUGCAGCAGCAGCAGAUGCCGGAAAUAAUCUUAGAAGAUCGCUUUCAGUUAAAGAGAUUUUGACGAAACUGAGAAGAUACGGCAUUUCAGGAGUAUUAUCAUACGGACUAUUGAAUACUGCCUACUAUCUUAUGACAUUCCUCGUGGUGUGGAUUUAUGUCGCGCCUGCACCUGUAAAAAUGGGCUAUUUUGCUUUUGUUAAAAGAUUCUUUAAAAUAUUGGCUAUGGUGUGGGCUGGUAGCCAAGUCACUAAACUUGCUAGAGCAGGAGGGGCGUUAGCUCUUGCUCCGUUUGUGGACAGGGGAUUGGCGUGGUUUACCGCCAAGUUUGGGUUUAAGUCACAAGGGAAGGCUUUCAUGGCCGUCGUUGGGUUUUGCUUUGCGUUGGCUGUGAUAGUAUUUCUCAUGGUGACGUUGCUGUGGGCAUAACGCUUCUCAGCUGUUGAUCUAUGGAGGUUCUCCGAUCUCCAUUGCUGUUUGUGGAGAUCGUUUGGAUGGUUUUCGGCCUCUGCAGUCGAGAUGUGAGCUGAGGAUAUGAUGUGCAUGUAGCAAGAAAUCGUAAUUGAUGUAAUUGACACUUAUGAGGGAUUCAAUGUGAAAUGUUUCUCACUUUAGAGUGCCAUAAAACAUUGUAGUUUUGGUUCACAGAAAUAAAACCAUUCAUUAACUCUCGUCA